GUGCUUGUCCCCAACUACUCCGAUCCCUUUUUUUAGCUUCCUUCUUCCCCCACUCCCUCAUCUUCUCAGUAAUGCCAUUUUCAUGGCGGUGGAGAAAAACUAACUCUGGGUAAUCUUUGAAGAAGACGAAGACGAAGAAGAAAUUGGAUUUCUGUUUUUUGGCCGUAGAUGGAGAGAUUCCGGUGCAAGCUCUGUUUCAAGCAGUUUGUGAACGGGAAGGCUCUGGGUGGGCACAUGAGAUCCCAUUUGGCCGUUCUCCCGCUCCCUCCCAAGACGCCGGAUUCCGUCGACGGAGGCGCCGGCCUGAGCGAUUCGACCCUGUCUCUGUGCUGCUCGUCGGAGGAGGAGAAGGACGGUGGAGGAGGCGGUGGGAGUGUUGGGUUGGGGGAGAAUCCGAGGAAGAGGUUCCGGCGGGCGGAUCCCGAGAUUUUUGAGGGCGAGAGCGUGGGCGAGUCGACUCGGAGUCUGACUCGGAGGAGAUCCAAGCGUGCCCGGAGAAUGUUUGGGGACGGGGGGAAGGGGAAGGGGAAGGCUGAGGAGUCGCGGCGGCCGGAGGCGGGGACGUGCUCGUUCUCCGACGAGGAGGAGGUGGCCAGGUGUCUCAUGAUGAUGUCGAGGGAUUUCCGGGGAUCGCCGGAGACGGAGCGCCGCCGUCAGGGGAAGUUGCGGUGCGAGAUUGGCGGCCGGGAUUUCAAGUCCACGCAGGCGCUGGGCAGUCACAGGACGACCCACGGCGGCAGGGGGGAACUCGACGGGAACCCGAGGAAUCCGGCGGUCAAAGCGGACGACGAGAAAAUGCAUGAAUGCCCGUUUUGCGAGAGGGUAUUCGGGUCGGGUCAAGCUCUGGGCGGGCACAAGAGAUCACACUUCUUCCCACCCCCAACAAACAAAGCCGCCGCCGCCGCCGCCUCCGGAGCGGCAGGUUCAGUCUCGGUUUCAGGUUCGGAUUCAGGCACGGUGUUGGGUUCGGGAUCUUGUUCUUCAAAGAUCAUGAUUGAUCUCAACAUGCCUGCUCCAAUGGAGGAUGAUGACGUCUCUGCAGUCAGUUUCAGAUGAACUCCUGAGGGUAAAUUAGUAAAACCACCACCCACCU